UUGGGUUUUAAUAAAUUGUUGACCCCCUUUACAAAUACAAUAUAAUCUAACGAUAAUUGAUUCUUUUUUUUUUUGGGCAAGUAUAUAUCUUGGACUUGUUUAAGAGCAACUCGUAUACACGCAACUCCAUUUCAUGUAAAGCGGACUCUGUUUGUGGCUGAAUAGACCCACACUGAGGAUGCGGUCACUGAAAUAUAGUUUUAUAUGGGUCUCUUGUUUUUUUCUCUUGGUAUUUCACCCCCUUCUUUUUCAUAUAUCUCCAACUAAAUGUCCCAACAAGAAAUAGAAGAGUAUCUCCAAUUUGCUAUCCAAUUAGCUCAAGAUGCUGGUGCCAUCAUCAAAGCUGCAGUGGAUUCUCGUAUGGCUGGUUCAGGCUCUAACAUUGAAUUGAAAAAAGAAAACCCUACUGAUCUUGUCACUGAAACUGAUAAAGCUGUGGAAGAAUUCAUCAAGGCACGACUUUUCAAAACAUACCCUAGCCACAAGUUUAUUGGAGAAGAGACUUUUGCCAGUGGAGAAAAGACAGAGUUUACUCAAGAACCUACAUGGAUUGUGGACCCCAUCGACGGUACCACCAACUUUAUUCAUGGAUAUCCUUUCGUCGCUGUUUCUAUUGGAUUCACACUCAACAAGAUACCCACUAUUGGUGUUGUCUUUAACCCUCUCCUGAACGAACUUUACUCAGCUGCCAAAGGACAAGGUGCUUACUUGAACAACACAAUCAAGUUACCUCUAUUCAACCCUCCUCAACCCUUGACUGACUUGUCUCAUUGUUUAAUCGCCACCGAGGCUGGUUCCGAUCGCUCCAAGUUAGUCAUCGAUGCCAAAAUUGCUGCUAUUCAUGACAUGCUUCGUAAAAAAGACGAACACCAUCCUUUUGCUGCUGAAUCCCAUAGUAUUCGUACUACGGGUUCUGCUGCCUUGAACUUGUGUAAUGUUGCUAAAGGUGUGGUUGACGUCUACUGGGAAGUAGGCUGUUGGGAAUGGGAUGUCGCUGCCGGUAUGGUGAUCGUAGCCGAAUCCGGUGGUCUUGUCUUGGAAGGUCAUUCAGAUAAGACAGAGACAGACACUGCUAAUAUCUUUUGUCGUAAAUAUCUUGCUAUUCGUGCUGCUUUAGAUAGAGAAAGUCAGUUACAUAUUGCCUCUCAAAUGAAGGAUUUGAUCCCAGCCAUUGAUGCACCUCGUGCUCCUGUGCCUGGUGGAUAUAAGGCCUAAACUUUUUUUUUUUUUUUUU